UGAAGGACUAGGAAGUGGAGCAAGUCUAAAUGUCUCUCUUUUCUCGUUUCUAGGGGAGAAUAUCGGAAGGAAGGUCUGUGCCCAUAGCCAGCGUGGGACGGGACUUCAGCCGAGGGACUCCCACGCUGCCACUGGGGUCUCUGAACCCACCGACGGGCGGCAGGGAAGAACCCAGCUCAGCCACCUGCUCCGCCUAAUACAGCCCUUCCCAGGGGCCGGGACGGCGGCCGGGAGGGGCGGGGCUUUGGAGCCAGGUCCGCUGGGAGAGGGUCCGCCGUGGGUUCCUGCCCCAGGCUGCGUUUUCCCUCCGGUAUUCUUAACUCCCUCCCGCUCUUCUAGCUCUCAGCAGCCCCAUACCCUUUUUUCUUUUUUUCCAUUAAUUUUCCUUCCCAGCAUCCAUUCCUGCCUGCAUUCAUUUAUCCAAUUUCUAGUUGAGCGCCUACUGGUGCUCAUGCUGUUUUAGAGGCUGGAAUACAUCAGGGAACAAAAAAGAUGAAAACCCCUACUCUCGAAACGAUAGGAGCCUACAUUUUAGUGAAAGGGAGAAUUAUGCAUCAUAUCAGAAAGUGAUAAUGUACUAUAAGGGAAAAAAAUAGAGGAAGAAAAAGCAAGGUAAGGCAUUUCAGGAUUGGAAGGAGAGGGUAGGCUGUAAUGUUAAAUAGGGCACCUAGAGUAGGUUUCUUUGGGAGGAUUACGUACAAGCAAACACUUGAAGAAGUAGGUGAGAUUAUUCCUCUUGAAGAUUGCUUGAGCUGAAGGGAACGCCUGUGCAAGGGCCCUCAAGUGGAAAUGUAUCUAAAAAGGAAGAGACAGGUCUGUGCAACUAAAAAGAGUAAAUAAAUGAGGGGGAGAAUAGUAGGAGAAGUAAUAGCACAUCCUAUAGACUUGUACGCCACUGUAAGGACUCCAGCUUUUGUUUUGAAUGAGCAAGAGUGAUGUAAUGGGCACGUUCUUUAGGGCCUUGUAUGCUACUCAUUAUUUUGAGUAAGAUGGACCCAGUGAGAGGUUUUAAGCAGAGGGAAAAAAUGAUCCAAUUGAAGUUGGAUUAAUCCAGUUGAAGAUGGAGGGCUAAUGCAACAGUGGAGAGCAAAACAGACAAUGGUGGCUUGGGUUAGGAUGGUGACAGUGGAGAUGUAUUACGUAUAAUCGUUUUCAGUUUUUCUUCCUAUGCUCCCUAGUCAUACAUAGAUACCUCAGAUUCUCAGCGAUUCCUUCUUUUUGCUUUGAUCACUUCUCUUUUCUGUUCCCUUCAUCAAAUAUGCAGGGGGGAAAGGUACAAGAUCACCACCAGCUUAGUACUCUUGAUGAACCCCGAAUCCAGGACCGUAUUUGACACAUCAAGCUGAAAGCAGCUGCCCUGGGAGUCAGGAGGGGCCCUUUGGCUGGCACCACCACAACUUGUAUCCCUGGAAGGAGACUGGCAUCCACUGGAGCUACUUCAAAACUGGUUGUCUGGGCAAAGCCAGAACUGACUUUGGGAGCUGGAUCCAGCCAGCAGAGAAGAAACCAGAACCAUGAUAGAAGACUGGAAAAGAAAGCUGAGUAAAAAGAUGCAGCAGGUCAUGGUAUCAGAUGAGAGUCCUGGACCACUAAGCCAGCUGCUUUGUAUCCCUGAUAACAAGCUCCUGCAGGAGAGAGCUCCACUGUCUCCUCAGUAUCCUGCCUUUGCCAAAGAUGGAAGCCAAGGAACCCUGCCGGGAGCAAAUAUCACACUGAUGAGCCAGGCCCAAGAGUCCCUGACAUUUGAGGAUGUGGCUGUGAACUUCAGCUUUGGGGAAUGGCAGUGUCUGACCCACAUUCAGAAGCGCCUCUAUAAAGACGUGAUGUUGGAAAAUUACAGGAACAUGGUAUCACUUGGAUUUCCAUUUCCUAAACCUUCUUUGAUCUCCCAUCUGGAGCAAGAGACAGAGCCCUGUGUCCAGGAUCCACAGGACAGGGAAUUCCUGAGCUGCUCUCACCCAGUAUCAGCUGACAAGACAUGGCCUGAGAAUAAGAAGGCAAGUUCAGAACAGGAGGUUUCUGAAACUAGAGAACUCUGCUGGAUGAAAUUUAACAGUCUACCAAAAGUCAUUUCCCAGGAUCCAGAGGUUGAAAAUUUUUGUAUAAAAGAUGUCAAAUUAGAGAAUCAAUGGGAAAUGUCUAUGAGGGAGAAACUGAGAGAAGAGAAUGAAAGCUGUGAAAAAGUGACCUUUGGGAAAGUAAAGAACCAAAAGGUAUUUAGGAGAAACUUCAAUCCAAACUCAAAAUGUAGUCCAUAUAGAGUUCUUACAGAACAGAAACUCCAUGAAUGUGCCAUAUGUGGCAAAAACUUCAUUUGGCAUUCUGACCUAAUUCUCCAUGAGCAAAUUCAUCCUCAUGAGAAACCCUAUGUGUGUAAUGUGUGUGGGAAAGCAUUUAAGACCCCAAAUCAGCUUUCUAUGCACCAGAUAAUCCACACAGGGAAGAAACCCUUUGAUUGUAGCCAAUGUGGGAAGGCCUUUAAUAGUAGAUCAUCUCUUUGCCGACAUAAAAAAACCCACAGUGGGGAGAAGCCUUACCAGUGUAGUGACUGUGGGAAGGCCUUCAAGACCAGAAACCGUCUCAGGAUGCAUCAGAUGAUCCACACUGGGGAGAAGCCUUAUGAAUGCAAUAUCUGUGGGAAGGCCUUUCAGUUUAAGCAUUCCCUUAUCGUCCAUGGCAGAAGCCACACUGGAGAGAAACCCUAUGCAUGCGAAGAGUGUGGGAAGGCUUUCAGCGGGAGUUCAGACCUCAUCAAACACACAAGAAUCCACACUGGGGAGCGACCUUAUGAGUGCAGUGAGUGUGGGAGGGCCUUCAGCAGGAGCUCAGACCUAAGCAAACACAAAAGAAUCCACAUUCAGGGGAAACACUAUGGGUGCCCUCAGUGUGGGAAAGCCUUCAGCAGCAAGCCAGAGCUCACCAAACAUAGAAGAAUCCACACUGAAGAGAAGCCUUACAAGUGUAAGGAGUGUGGAAAAGCCUUUCGUCACAACUGUAAACGCAGGGCUCAUGAACGAGAACACACUGGGGAGAAGCCCUAUGGAUGUGGGGAUUGUGGGAAAACUUUCCAGGAUCGACACUGCCUUACCGUCCAUCAAAGAAUCCACACUGGAGAGAAACCUUAUAAAUGUGCUGAGUGUGGUAGAGCUUUCAGUGGGAAAUCAAACUUGACCAAUCAUCAAAGAAUCCACACUGGAGAGAAACCUUACAAAUGUGAGGUGUGUGGAAAGGCCUUUCAUCAUAGUUCAGUCCUGAGACAGCACAAAAGAAUCCACACUGGCGAGAAGCCAUAUACCUGCAGUGAGUGUGGCACAUCUUUCCGUCAGCGCUCUGCUCUGAUUGGACACCAGCGAGUUCACACUGGGGAGAAACCUUAUGAAUGUGAGGAGUGUGGAAAAGUUUUCAGGGUGAGCUCAAAUCUUACUGGACAUAAGAAACGAAAACAUAGAGUGUGGAAAACCCCUAAACUUGAUGAGAGCAGGAAAUCCCUCUUUCCAGCAACGGGUUCUCAGACCUUUUAUUAGUCAAUAUUUUGAGCUCCAAUACCUGCAAGUAGUGAUUCUGGUGUUUACACUUUCUCAUUUCUCCAUCUACCUCUUAGCCUGUCCCUCUUGUCUCCUGUAUUGUUUCUUCCUGGUUCCCUGACCCCCCUACUUGUAAGAACCACCGCCAGGCCUUUGCCUUUGACCUUCCUAUUCAGUAUUUCUUCAGUGAGCACAUUCAGUUCCAAGGCUUUGUCUGUCAAUAAUAAUACUGUAAUAUCAAAUGCUAGUGCUUGCCACAUAGUCUUUACAAUUUUCACUCAAUCCAUACAACAUCCCUAUAAGAUGAGAAAACUGAGGCAUAAAAAGAUUAAGAAACCUGCUAAGAACCACUUAACUAGUAAAUUCUUGACAAAUGUCUGCUGAAUAUUCAGACUCACCUGGGCAAUUUCCAUAAUCCUGUACCACACCUCUUGGUUGUAAAUCUAUACAUUUUUUUAAUGGAUAAACAUUGACCAUUUUUAGCAAGUUUUGUUUUAACUUACAACCUGAAUGCUACCUCUCCGUAAAGGAGCAGAGUUGCUGAGAUUCAGUGUAGAGAGGGAGACAGGGCAAGGGCAGACUUUUAAAUUACAGAUAAAUAGUUGUUAGGUAUUUUAGCAGUUUACAAACGGCAAGAACAUGAAGCCUGCCCCACUGUGUUAUAAAUACACUAAAAGUUCUUCAGGGUAUUGAUUUCUUAAAUAUUUGCUGUAUCUAUUUGCAUGACAUAUGAAAUGUUCUUUCAUAUAGAUUAGUAAAUUUACAUCUGUCUUUUCAAAUCUUUCAGUGUCUCCUCACAACUGUCUUUUCUCUUUCAGAUAUUAUAGUCCUCACUGCAGACAGAAUUAAAUACCCACAUGCAAUAAGGCUGUUAAAAUAGAAAUUGAAAAUUGUAGAAGAGGAGGCAACUGUGUGUCAACCUAAUUAACAUCAUGGCCAUAAUUGAGAGUUAUAUUUAGUUCUAAGUUCCAUGGCUGGUACAGAAAGAGAUGAGCAAUGGAUUACCCAACAUUUGUCAAAGGUGUUUUACAAGCUAAUUUUUUUUUUUUAAUAAUAAGUUUGAGAAAUGCUCAACUAGGUGGGGUUUGUAAUAUGCUAAUGUCCUUUCUGAAUCUUAAGUAAAGGAGCUGUAAGGAGCAUUGCUUUCCAAAAGUAAUGGAUGAAAGAAUCCUGUUUGGAGGAGCGCCUUCAUGGGCUCUUGUUUCACAGAAAAUAUUUUGGGAAAUGGUUACACAUUAUCUAAUAUGGAGAAGGAGUCCAAGAUAUACAAUUUUCUAGUAACAUAGUCCAAAGAGAAUUACAUGUCUUCUUAGAUAAAAGGCAGAUUCGAUUGUUCCUUAGGUUCAGUUUCUACAGAAAAUUGCAGCAUGUUCUUUCAUAUGGCCAUUUCUUAUAUAGUUUGUUGAAUAAAACCAAGAUGAAAUCUUUUUGGAUAUAACUCCAAAAUUGUUUCUAUGGAGGAUGAAACUGUGGAUAUAUGGUUUUCAGAUGAUAUAACGUGACUUGAGGACAGAGUUUAGGAUAUGUCUAGAAAAUUGGCAGUGCUUUUAUUUUUUGAUUAUGAGAACCCCUUAUUUGAGCAUCGACAGAUUUCACCAACACCAUCUCCCCCAUGCACACACACACACACUACAAGUAGUUGUUCUUUAAAGCUGGAUGGCAAAAAGUUUGUCAUGUUCUCCUAGAAAAUAUGAGGUUUUGUUAAUUACAACAGUAUGUAUAUGCUUUUAUAAAAUGUAUAUACAUAUUCAUAAUGUUUAUUUUUACCCACAGGCUAUGAUGUGCAUUUAGAUUUUGGACUCAAAGCCCUUAGCCCAUCUUGAGAACCCUAUAGUGCAUCCUUUCAUGUCAGUUCUUCAGUCAGUCUUUUAACAGAAUCUGGCAGGUUUUCAGUUCCAAUUUAAAUUGUGAACAGGAGUUCCCAUUGUGGCGCAGUGGUUAACAAAUCCAACUAGGAACCAUGACGUUUCGGGUUCGGUCCCUGCCCUUUCUCAGUGGGUUAACGAUCUGGCGUUGCCAUGAGCUGUGGUGUAGGUUCCAGAGCGGCUCGGAUCCCGCUUUGCUGUGGCUCUGGCGUAGGCCAGUGGCUACAGCUCCGAUUCGAUCCCUAGCCUGGGAACCUCCAUAUGCCGCGGGAGUGGCCCAAGAAAUAGCAAAAAGACCAAAAAUAAAAUAAAGUAAAAUAAAUUGUGAACAAUCCUAGAGUGUUGAUGUUUUGUGUUACUGAUCAGAGAGUCAUAUUCUUCAGACAUCAUUUAACUGGAUGGGGUGGCAUCCUGGCAUCCUAUUUUGAAAAUUAAGAAGUCUCUGUAUCAGCCCAAAUAGAAUACUUCUAGACUUUGUCCUGAUCAGUUCAUCUUCAGCAUGACCACUGCCUCCCUAAAACAUUGCUAUGAUCUUGACACCUGCUUUUUUAAAUUUUUAAUUAAUUUGUUUUUAUUAAAGUAUAGUUGAUUUACAAUAGUUGUGUUAGUUUCAGCUGAGCAGCUGCAUUUAUUUAUUUAUUUAUUUAUUCUGACUGCACCUGUG